UCGCGGUGUUCUGGAACAAAACAAUUAAUUGUCUCUAGCGGUUGUUUUCGGGGUUGGAGGUUCGUCAUUUUACGAAAAGAGCGACAGUCGCCGUCUACUCAAUCAAAAAUUAAUUAUCGAGUUAAAAACGCGAACAACUGUGAGAAAAACAUGGCAAGUUCAUCCGGAUUCCGGGCGGCUUCGGCGGGAAGGUUUCCAGAUAAAACAUGGCGAGCUGGAACUCCUAGUCUUUAUCACGAGAAAUGUGCACCUCAAAAGGAAAGAGUUAGGUCUGCUCCUCCAAAAAACUACGCGCAGAGAGAUUAUGCCAUGUGUGAUGUCGUUAGGAACGAUGAGAUUUGGAAGAAUCGCUGUCGGAACGAGGGAAAAAUGACAAAAAAAUGGGAGGAGAAUUGGGGAUUUCUGAAAGAUUAUGACCCAAAGGGAAGGCUCAAGGCAAAACGGGAAUUACCUGAAAAAGUAAGCGUCUACUCUGACAAAGUUCCAAACACAACAAGUCGUCAAUUUGGACACAGAGCCAAGAGUGCACCAGCAAGAACGAUGCAAAAAUUCGAAAGACUCAUUAGCUACAGGACAAAGACAAACAAGGAAUUAAUGUGUUAUGACUGAUAGAAUCAGUCACUAUGACUGGUAGAAUCAGUUAAGAUAUGAGUAGAUAUCACAUUGUGUGAGCAGACAAGUUCAGUAGAGAAAGAUUAUAAUUUGCUUGACAAAAUAUUGCUGCCGAGUGUUUUUGAGAACAUGCUGAUAGCCAUAAGCAUUGUACAGUUUCUAAUUAGCAUUAAAAAUAUCAAAAUAAUAUUUUGGCCAACAGUAUAUGUUGCACAUAAAUGUAUUGUACAUUCAGUGUUAAUGUUACUAAUAUUAUUACUAUAAAGCUGUUAGUAAAUAUAAAAUAUACUACUAUAUAUUUUAAAAUAGUAGGCACUAUGCAAUAGUUUUUAUGAAAUAAAAUACAUGUAUGUUUUGGGAAUUGUAUUAAAGAAAUAAGGCUUUGGUAUAGCUGAGGAUCCAGAAGAAAAAUGACAUUAGAAAAGAAGUACUGUAAUUUUUGUUGUGAAAUAGUGGAGAAAUGGUUUGAAAAGAGCAGUUUUUUGUUGUGAAGUAAAAGAGAAAUAAUACAGACUAUGUAAUAAAUAGAGAUAUUCAUGGGUA